UAACCAUUCAUACUCUAUUUAUUUCUACAGAUAUUUCCUAAGAAGCCAUAUAUAAUAAAAAAAGUGGGAAAAUAACAUAUUUUAUCCAAUGAAAAUAUUCUCUCUCUUUCUUCUAGCAUAAAAACCCAAACUUUCUCUUUCGUUUUUCUUCUUUUAAAGAGUGCUCUCUCGUAAGCAUCUGCAGGAGCGAAUCGUUAAUCGAGUUUGGAGGAUCUUUCUGAGUGCGGAAAUGGCGUCGAAACGGAUCUUGAAGGAGCUGAAGGAUCUCCAGAAGGACCCUCCAACCUCCUGCAGUGCGGGUCCAGUUGCUGAAGACAUGUUUCAUUGGCAAGCUACAAUAAUGGGUCCUGCAGAGAGUCCAUAUGCAGGCGGUGUGUUCCUCGUCACCAUUCACUUCCCUCCAGAUUAUCCAUUCAAACCACCAAAGGUUGCAUUUAGGACAAAGGUGUUUCACCCUAAUAUCAACAGCAACGGAAGCAUUUGCCUCGACAUUCUGAAAGAACAAUGGAGCCCAGCUCUCACCAUUUCCAAGGUCUUGCUGUCGAUAUGUUCGCUGUUAACGGAUCCAAACCCAGAUGACCCGUUGGUGCCGGAGAUUGCACACAUGUACAAAACCGACAGAGCCAAGUACGAGGCUACUGCAAGAAACUGGACUCAGAAGUAUGCCAUGGGCUAACAUUUGUUUGCUUCAGCAACAGAUUAUGUUUUCAAACUUGCUCUCUUCUUUUUCUUCUUCUUCUUCUUCUUAACUUUAAAUAAAAAAGUUGGAAUGUCUACUGGUUUUUUUUUUUCUGUCUGAAGCGUCUGUACGAUAUGUUCAUUCUCUCUACUGAAAUUGGAAGCUUUCUUGAACGUUGUGCUUCUGAGAGAUAGAAGUAGUAUCUCUUCACAAUAGUAUGCGAGAUGUCUUUUGUCUUAUGUCUUUUGCACAGAGAAGUAGUACUCGUGAUGUUACUCGCAUAAUCUCUUAGGUCUUGCAUACCAUAUUUGCUCCAUGACUCUCCACGUAUUAUACGGUAACA